UUCCUAGACUGACCCAGGAGGCUGCCCAGUGGGGGCGUGGGGGCCUGUGCUGCUCCCCAGACUGUCUGCUGCAGAAUACAGGGAAUGCUUCCUCUUUUCCGAUUCUUGACGUCAAGCUCCGAUAGCCACCAAGCCUCGCAAGGGCGGUGGAGAGCCGAGGGAGGGCAGCGGGAGGGGAAGCCAUUGCAGCAACAGCUUGGAGGAGGUUGCUGGACGCCUCUCCUUGGAGAAAAACAGGCAGCGGGAGCCAGAACAGGGAGGAAGAGGACCUUCCCUCUCGGGCAGCCUCCGGGUUGCUGCAGAGGGGAGGAGAGAGGCGGGGGCGCUGCAUGCAACGCGCUGGCUCCAGCGGCGCCCGCGGGGAAUGUGACAUCAGCGGCGCCGGGCGCUUGCGGCUGGAGGAGGCGGCUCGCCUCGGCAGCGCGGUGCACACCUCGCCCCGGGGUGGACGCAGACCUGGGCAGGCGGCAGGGAUGUCGGCGAAGGAGAGGCCAAAGGGGAAAGUGAUCAAGGACAGCGUGACCCUCUUGCCCUGCUUUUAUUUCGUGGAGUUGCCUAUAUUGGCAUCAUCGGUGGUCAGCCUGUAUUUCCUUGAACUCACGGAUGUCUUCACACCUGUGCACUCUGGAUUUAGCUGCUAUGACCGGAGCCUUAGCAUGCCGUACAUUGAACCAACGCAAGAGGCAAUUCCAUUCCUCAUGUUGCUUAGCUUGGCUUUUGCUGGACCUGCAGUUACGAUUAUGGUAGGGGAAGGAAUUCUCUACUGUUGUCUGUCCAAAAGAAGAAACGGGGUUGGACUGGAGCCCAACAUCAAUGCUGGAGGCUGCAACUUCAACUCUUUCCUUAGAAGAGCCGUCAGAUUUAUUGGUGUUCAUGUAUUUGGACUUUGCUCUACAGCCCUCAUUACAGAUAUCAUACAGCUGUCCACAGGAUACCAAGCACCAUACUUUCUGACUGUGUGCAAGCCAAACUAUACCUCUCUGAAUGUGUCUUGCAAAGAAAAUUCCUACAUUGUAGAAGAUAUUUGCUCCGGAUCUGACCUUACAGUUAUCAACAGUGGCAGAAAAUCAUUUCCUUCUCAACAUGCGACCCUCGCUGCCUUUGCAGCUGUGUAUGUUUCGAUGUAUUUCAAUUCCACUUUAACGGAUUCCUCUAAGCUUCUGAAACCUCUCUUGGUCUUCACAUUUAUCAUCUGUGGGAUCAUCUGCGGAUUAACACGGAUAACUCAGUAUAAGAACCACCCAGUUGAUGUCUAUUGUGGCUUUUUAAUAGGAGGAGGAAUUGCUCUGUACUUGGGCCUAUAUGCUGUGGGGAAUUUUCUACCUAGUGAAGAGAGUAUGUUUCAGCACAGAGAAGCCCUCAGGUCUCUGACAGACCUCAAUCAAGACCCCAGCCGAGUUUUAUCUGCUAAAAAUGGUAGCAGCAGUGAUGGAAUUGCUCACACAGAAGGCAUCCUCCAUCGAAACCACAGAGAUGGUAGCUCACUGACAAACCUUAAAAGGGCAAAUGCUGACGUAGAAAUCAUCACUCCAAGGAGCCCCAUGGGGAAGGAGAACAUGGUUACCUUUAGCAACACCCUGCCUAGAGCCAAUACCCCAUCCGUAGAGGACCCUGUCAGAAGAAACGCCACCAUUCAUGCCUCUAUGGAUUCCGCUCGGUCCAAGCAGCUCCUCACCCAGUGGAAGAAUAAGAAUGAAAGUCGGAAGUUAUCCCUGCAAGUUAUAGAGACUGAGCCUGGGCAGUCACCACCCAGAUCCAUAGAAAUGAGGUCCAGCUCAGAGCCAUCGAGGGUGGGGGUGAAUGGAGACCACCAUCCCCCUGGCAAUCAGUACCUCAAGAUCCAGCCUGGCACUGUCCCCGGGUGUAACAACAGCAUCCCUGGGGGACCUAGAGUAUCCAUUCAGUCCCGCCCUGGGUCAUCACAGCUUGUGCAUAUUCCUGAGGAGACGCAGGAGAACAUAAGCACCUCCCCAAAAAGCAGCUCUGCUCGGGCCAAGUGGUUGAAAGCUGCAGAGAAGACGGUGGCCUGCAAUAGAAGCAAUAGCCAGCCCCGAAUCAUGCAAGUCAUAGCCAUGUCCAAGCAGCAGGGCGUCCUCCAAAGCAGCCCCAAGAACACGGAGGGCAGCACCGUCUCCUGCACUGGCUCCAUCCGCUACAAAACCUUGACCGACCACGAACCCAGUGGGAUUGUCCGGGUCGAAGCUCACCCAGAGAACAACAGGCCCAUCAUACAGAUCCCGUCCACCGAAGGCGAAGGCAGUGGCUCCUGGAAAUGGAAAGCCCCUGAAAAAGGCAGCCUUCGCCAAACUUACGAGCUCAACGAUCUCAACAGGGACUCAGAAAGCUGUGAGUCCCUGAAAGACAGUUUUGGUUCUGGAGAUCGCAAAAGAGGCAACAUUGAUAACAAUGAGCAUCACCACCACGGAAUCACUACCAUCCGCGUCACCCCAGUAGAUGGCAGCGAAAUUGGUUCAGAGACACUGUCCAUUUCUUCCUCCCGUGACUCAACCCUACGGAGGAAGGGCAACAUCAUCUUAAUCCCCGAAAGAAGCAACAGCCCCGAAAACACUAGAAAUAUCUUCUACAAGGGAACCUCCCCCACACGGGCUUACAAGGAUUGAGUGGUGGCAUGAUCAUUUGGGCUGCCCCCGAGAGACCACGUGUUGAUUCCACCUGUGCUCUGUUCCAGCAGAUCGGGAAGCCUUCUCACCAAACUGGAUUACGCACCAUCAGCCCCAAAUUCAGUGACUCUUGAGAACUACACUCAAGCUUGUAGAUUUCACAUUAAGGGGAGGGAAAAGCACAAUGCAAGAACCUAAUUAAUGUGAUAAUGUGAAGAAUCUUCUUAAGACCCAUCUUCAAACUCAAAAGGUUUGCAGAGGGCAGUACUAAAACAAAAUGGUUUACUUCAAUGUAUACUAUUUAACUUCCUGAAUGUGCCAACUUUAGAGAUUUUUCUUUAUAAUUAGCUGUGGGAAUCCGGAACACACGUUUUCCCUACAGCAGAGGCCAUGCAGUAUUAUAUAUUCAUUUUGCAGAAUCUGCACCUAAAGCUCAAUAUGGUGGUGCUGAUUAUUGUAGUACAUAUACCGUGUAAACUCUCAAAUUCUAUUUAGCUGUUAAAUAGUGGUGUGCAAUUCCUUGUCAAAGAAAUGCUACUGUAUUAAGAAGAUGCUGCUGCUUUGUGUUAGAAUUAGACACCCCGCAGCUUCUCUGUAGUGGCCCUGUCACAGUCAAAAAUGAAAAGGUUUUGUGCAUUUCUUCAAAAUUAUGCUUUCUUCAACAACAAAAAUUGUGUAGGCAUAUUUUCAGUGAAAGGGAAUAACUAGUACUUUUCUGCAUAGUAUUUUUUGUUUUUUUGCUGCUUACUUUUUAGUAAAGUAUAGGUACUGCUAAUGAACAAUCUGGUUUUUAGUGACUACAUUUGCAUAAUUUUUUAAAAGAUAUUGUUUUAGAGGGUCUUCUGAAAUUGUGAUCAUUUUUGCAUUUUAUGGCUUCUCCUUUAUUUAUUGAAUAAAUAAAUUUUUUUGAUGUUACAGAUAUGUUCCCCUAUUUUUAAAGCAAAAAUAACAACUGAUACUCCUUGAGCAAAAUGUACUGUUGUGAAUUUGGAAACAAGAAAUCUGAACCAAAACUUGACUUUGUGGGUUAUUUUGCCAGCAAUGUUAGUUAAGUCUACCUAUACAGCUGGCUUAGGUUGCUAUCUUAACAAGUAACCCCAAAAUUCCAUUUGGUUCUGAUCAUUAACUUUUUGAUAUCUCGAUAACCACUAAAUUAGAUCUCAGUAGUUGGGUUUCACCUUCUUCCCUAAGAUACUUUUGUUAGUUGGAUAUCAACCAGGAGAAUCUGAAAAAAAAAAAAAAUGCAAAUU